AUGUCCCAACCCCGUCCUUCCCUUCGAUUUCUGUUUACUUUCCUCGCUCGAAGAUACCUCUUCCUCCUCGUCCUUCCGGCCAUCUUCUCCUCAGUCAUUGCGGGUGGUGUCGCUCCUUUCAUGACACAUGUCAUUGGGCAAGCAUUCGACGCAUUUGCCCGGUUCUCCGUCGUUGCCAACCCCGCUCAAGAGGACAAAGAUGAGCUCCUGCGUGGUGUAGGCGUCGCAGCAAUAGAGCUCGUUGCUUUGGCAGCAGGCUCGCUCGCUCUCAGCAGUAUCACGUCGUGUUUAUGGAUCUGGAUCGGCGAAACCAACGUUUCUGCUCUUAGAAAGACGGUUUAUGACAGCAUCUCGCAGAAGGGAUUGGCUUGGUUUGACACACAUCUUGGAUCGACAGAGGACAGCCCUCUGGGAGCUGCAGGUCUUAUGGCCAAGUUUUCAAGAGAAACGGACGAAGUCAGAACGGCUACAUCACUAACCUCUGGCAUGCUGAUCCAGUACCUCACCACCACCCUGACCUGUCUCGUCCUCGCCUUCCUCCGAUCAUGGCAACUAACCCUUGUCAUUCUCUCCUCCGUGCCUGCUCUCGUCCUAGUCCAAGCCCUGUCUCAAGGCAUCGCGAACCCUCUCCUCGCCCACGAACGCGACCAAACAGGUUUUGCGGCCACUAUUAUCGAACGUGCAGCGUCCGCCAUUGCAACAGUCAAAGCAUUCAAUGCCACCAACCUCGAACACACCCGUGCAAGCCAGGUGUUUGACCGACUGCGAUUGGCCGCCAGGAAGCUCAACGCCGUCUGGGCAUUUACCUCGGGCAUUUCUCAAUUCAUCGUCAUGUCCAUGUUCGUGCAGGGGUUUUGGUUCGGAUCGAAGCUGGUGCGAGAGGGCAAAGCCAGCGCGGGCGACGUCAUGUCCGUGUUCUGGGCGUGCCUCAUCGCAUCGAGCAACCUCCAGAUGUGCAUCCCACACUUUAUUGUUCUUGCAAAGGGCAAGUUCGCGAUGGUGUCGCUUCUCGAGCUGAUCGCCCCCAGCAGACCCGACGAGGGCAUCCGCAAGAUCGUUCCUACCAAAUGCUCCGGCAGCCUCGCUCUCCACAACGUCACGUUCGCCUAUCCCUCUCGACCUACCGUUCCAGCUCUUUCCAAUGUAUCACUCUUCCUUCCGGCCGGUGAUACGACUUUUAUCGUUGGGCCAUCCGGCUGCGGCAAAUCCACCGUCGCCCACCUCUUGCAGAAGAUGUACGAACCUCAGGAAGGCAGUGUCACCCUCGAUGAAUGCAAUUUCCGUACCCUAGACCAUACCUGGAUUCGGUCUCAUGUUGGCUGCGUCGGUCAGCAAGGAACGGCUGGGGUUGUUAUCUUUGAUGAAAAGUCAGUGUUCGACAACAUCGCUGCCGCUGUUUGGGGGAAUUCCAGCCGAAGGCCGACGUUUGGAGAGGUGGAGGAGGCUGCCCGUUCUGCUUUACUGCACGAGUUCGUCCGUGACCUUCCGGAAGGAUAUGACACUCUUCUUGGCGGCGGAGCAGGCGUUGGCUUGAGUGGUGGUCAGAAGCAGCGUCUUUCUAUCGCCCGAGCUCGCCUACGAAAUCCUACCGUUCUGAUUCUUGAUGAAGCCACCUCCGCUCUGGACGUCACAUCCCGUAUUCUGGUCUACGAGGCAAUAAAGCGAUGGCGUCAGCACAAGACCACUAUCAUUAUCACACAUGAUCUCUCGCAAAUCGGCACUGAGGAUUUCGUCUACGUUCUCAAGGAAGGUCGUGUUGUUGAACAAGGUUUCCGGUCUGACCUGGAGGCUUCAAUCGCGACUCCUUACAGCAAAGUUCACGGAGAGUUCAAGAAUAUGAUGGACUCUCAGCGAGAGGCGGGCGGCUUCAUCCCCGAAAAGGAUGCUGCACCACUGACAUCGUCACAGAAUCUUCGCGCACGAUUUAAGCUUGACGAAAGACGAGUCAGUCGUAUGCCGUCGUUCCUCACGCACCAGAGCAUGGCCUUACGACCUUUGACCUUCGGAACGUGGAUGUUCGAUGUCAUUGCUGACAUUACAGCCUCCAAGUUUCAAUCUGCCAACGACAAUGUUCCACCUCUACCAUCCAUCACCGAAGGCGACCGUCGCGAGCUUGACAAGUACACUAGAGCACCAGACCGCCGGCGCCCUUCUACAACGUAUGCUCCUUCAUCCUUUAACCUUCCCGCUUCUCCAUCUCCUGCACAUACUCUUCAUCACAAGCGGUACAGCCUGCCAUCGACACCGACAUCAACAACGUUCACAAUGAACCGACGUACGUCUGGAGUAAUGGACGACAAGGACUUCGAUGCGGAGAAGAGCACAAUGGAGCGAAGUGCAGUUACAACCAGGCAGGCGCGAAGCACUCAGGGCACCGUCCGCAUGCGCUGGGAUGGAACACGAGAUGCUGCGCUCUCCUACAUCAAAGUCGAGAAGUCACAUCACUUUGACGAAACUCUCACAUAUGACCAUGCGGACGACCUCGAGCAACCAAGAUUCUGGGCUCUCAUGCGAGCAAUCUACCCAUUAGUUCCUGCCAAACCCCUCCUUUUCCUUGGUCUCCUUACAUGUGUUCUCAGUGGUGCGAUGACUCCGGUCUUUUCCUACCUCCUUUCUCGUCUUCUCUUCGAGGUGUCUACCGGAGCACAGAACGUCAAUACGAUCAACCGCUUUGGUGGCCUCGUGCUGGGAAUCGCCGCCAUCGAUGGGCUCUUCCUUGGUCUGAAGUAUUUCGUCAUGGAGACCUGCGGCAUGUUCUGGGUUACCAAGAUUCGGAACAACGCAUGGAGUCGGAUUCUCUCUCAGGACAAGAAAUGGUUCGAUAAACCCACGCAUUCACCAGCCAGGCUCGUGCAGGUGUUGGUCAAGGAUGGUGAUGACGCACGCGACUUGGUCUCCGUUGUUUGGGGGCAGUUUUGUGUGGUGAUCGCGAUGCUAGGAGUUGGAUUGAUUUGGGCAUUUGUUCGAGGAUGGCAGUUAACUUUAGCUGGUUUGGCAAUCGCCCCCGUUUUCGCUAUCACGAUGGUCGUUCAAAGCAAGCUUGUGGCCAGAUGCGAAGUUCGGAAUAAGCGGGCGCGAGAAGGGGUUUCGAAAGGGUAUUAUGAUACCAUCAUCAAUAUUCGUGGCAUUCGUUCCAUGGCUUUUGAUGGCGUCUUCAAAUCCCAGUUCGAAGCAGCUGCUGACGAAACCCUUCGCACUGGUGUACGAGGAGCCUUUGUCGAGGGAUGCACCUAUGGUGUGGCAAGUGGUCUCAUAUAUCUCGCCGAGGCUCUUCUGUUCUACGUCGGGGCCGUGCUUCUCGCUCGUGGCAUUUACACUUACCUCCAGAUGAUCGAGGUUUUGAAUCUCGUCGUCUUCUCCGUGACAAUAGGUUCCCAACUCAUGGCAUUCACUGAGAGGAUUGCCAAAUCUGUUCAAGCAACAAGUGACUUCGACAAAUUCACACAUCUCAACACUGACACCUAUGAGUCCUGCGGUGCCCUUCAUCCAGAAAUCGCAGGCCCAAUUCGGAUGAACAAUGUCAAGUUCUGCUACCACGACCGUCCCACAGCACCUGCCCUUCGCGAUGUUCAUUUGGAGAUCGCACCCGGCGAAUGCGUUGCAAUCGUCGGUGCUUCAGGGUCGGGAAAGUCAACUCUCAUUUCGCUCCUUCAACGUCUGUAUGAACCCACAAGCGGCUCCAUAACCAUCGGGGGCAUCGACACUCGGCUUAUCGAUGUCACGCACCUCCGCGACCACGUCUCUGUUGUCAGCCAACAACCUCAUUUGUUCGACGCGACGAUCGCGGAGAACAUCAGCUAUGGACAUCCCUCCAUUUCACUCGUCGACAUCCGUUACGCAGCCAAAGCGGCGAACAUCCACGAUUUCAUCAUGUCUCUUCCUGGCGGAUACGAUACCCAUUUGGGUGAAAAUGCGUCAUUGAUAUCUGGAGGGCAAGCACAGCGGCUGCAGAUUGCGCGUGCGCUAGCUCGUCCUUCUCGAAUCCUCGUUCUGGACGAAUGCACAUCUUCACUCGAUCCAGAGAAUCAGGCAGACGUUUUGGACGCCAUCCGGGGUGCCAAGUGCAGGAGAACCACUUUGAUGGUAACUCACAAGCUUGAAGCGAUGUUUAUGGCCGACCGUAUCCUAGUUUUGCAUGAUGGCGAGAUCAUGGAGGAGGGGACGUACGAGAAGCUUAUGGAAAGAAAGGGCAUCUUUGCAAUGCUGGCAAGAGGUGGAGAAUGGGUAUCUGAUUGA